UUCCUGAUCCUGCAGCUGGUCCGUGGUGCUGAUGUGACUCGGGGCAGCUACUAGGGAUGCACCGAUGGAGUGAAGAGGUCGAGGCGACGAAAAGCAGCAGCAGAAAAGCAGCAGAGAUGCAGAUGGAGAGCACGGAUGCCCACGUCUGAACUGAAUCAUCCCGAGGAAGGGGGGAGAGAGCAAGACGAACGCAGCGCAAGACUGUACCCGUUCUUCGGCUGCACCUAGCAGCAUCACCACAGCAACCAGAAAAUACAAUUAAAAGACAACUGAGGCCGAAGCCGAGCAACGAGAGUGCGGCUCCUUACCUUCGGACAUAAGGAAGGGAAAUGAUUAUGCAGAGGAAGAAAGGCUAUUUGACAGAUCCGGCCACACUGUGGAGGAGGGAAGUGUCUUUUCAUUAACAGGAAUGUGCCACUGUUUACUCGGCAGAAAGGGGAGUGCCAUGAGAGAUACCGAAGAGACGAUCUGCUCGUGGCUGCGUUUUUGCCUGUUUUCACCCCCCAGCUGGCCCUGAGCUAGUUGGUACAGGCCUACCGGCCCAUCAGGUAUUGGAUAGUUAUAUUUUUUUUCCACAGGGUGCACCUGGCACGAGGAUUGAAAGAUAGAGCCGCUCCCGCUCGGAGGCACAGGGAGACCCGGGGAGUCCCAGUGCAAGAGAAGGCUCCAGUUCUCCACCCUUUAGGCUACCUCCUGCUAUACCAUGGGAUGUAGGCAAAGCUCUGAGGAGAAAGAGGCGGCUCGGCGGUCCCGGAGAAUCGACCGCCACCUGCGCUCGGAGAGCCAACGGCAACGCCGGGAGAUCAAGCUUCUCCUCUUGGGUACCAGCAAUUCGGGCAAGAGCACCAUCGUCAAGCAGAUGAAGAUCAUCCACAGCGGGGGGUUUAACCUAGAGGCGUGCAAGGAGUACAAGCCACUGAUCAUCUACAACGCCAUCGACUCCCUCACCCGCAUCAUCCGGGCCCUGGCCACCCUCAAGAUCGAGUUCCACAACCCGGACAGGGCCUAUGACGCCGUCCAGCUGUUCGCCUUGACCGGCCCGGCGGAAAGCAAAGGAGAGAUCACCCCUGAGCUCCUAGGGGUCAUGAAACGACUCUGGGCCGACCCCGGGGUGCAGGAAUGUUUCUGUCGCUCCAACGAGUACCACCUCGAGGACAAUGCGGCAUACUACCUGAAUGACCUAGAAAGGAUUGCCGCACUGGAUUACAUUCCCACGGUAGAAGACAUUCUCCGAUCUCGGGACAUGACCACUGGCAUCGUGGAAAAUAAAUUUACCUUCAAGGAGCUGACUUUCAAAAUGGUGGACGUGGGGGGUCAGCGGUCAGAACGCAAAAAAUGGAUCCAUUGUUUCGAGGGAGUUACAGCAAUAAUUUUCUGCGUGGAGCUGAGUGGAUAUGAUUUGAAGCUGUACGAAGAUAACCAAACGAGUCGGAUGGCCGAAAGCUUGCGUCUCUUCGACUCCAUUUGCAACAACAACUGGUUUAUUAACACCUCCCUCAUACUUUUCCUGAAUAAGAAGGAUCUGCUGGCAGAGAAAAUCCGGCGCAUCCCGCUCACUGUCUGCUUCCCGGAGUACAAAGGCCAGAACACCUACGAGGAGGCCGCAGUCUACAUCCAGCGCCAGUUUGAGGACUUGAAUCGUAACAAGGAAACCAAGGAAAUCUACUCCCACUUCACGUGCGCCACUGAUACCAGUAAUAUUCAGUUUGUCUUUGAUGCGGUGACAGAUGUCAUCAUUCAGAACAAUCUCAAGUACAUUGGCCUCUGCUAAGAAUCUAGGGCGAUCAGUCCACUUGCUUAUGGCGAAAUAAAAGGAGGGAAACUCAACCUCCAUUUGUGGUGGUGAAAAUAAAAGGGCGGCACUUGAAAGCCCAAGGAGAAAAAGUUGGGGGUGGGGGGAAGAGGGGGUAAGCUAAGGUAUGUUCACAGAACCCCCCCCACACACACACCUCCACCAACCUCCUUAUCCCCACAUAACACUAUUUUGAAAAUAUAUAUAUAUUCAGAUAUAUAUAUAUAUAUAGAUACAGAUAUAGCUAGAUAGAUAGACAUAUACAUAUAUAAACACAUACAUGUUUUGGAGAUUGCAAAGUUCCCAAAAGAGUUGAGGUCUUUUUAAUAGUCUGAAAUGUGCUCAUAAUCAUGGCAAAGUUCAUUCUGUUCAUUUCAUUUUGCUUCCCGAAAGCUGCCAUCCUUCUGCGUAUGGAAUGAUCCUUCAUUCGACUGUCGUAGAAACCAUUUUACUGUCAUGAAGAGGCAGGGGUGGCAGGAAAAAAAAAGAAAUGGGCCUGCCUUGCACUUUGCUUCUAGAAAAGAAGCUAUUUCCAAUUCAGAAACUAAAGAACAGAUUCAAUCGAAGUAUUCCAUGCAGCCAAAGGACCUGUAUCGACAGUAAUGACGCAUAAAAUCGUACAGUUUAUGCACACAUUUGACACACAGGAUGCACUGUGUAUAGAUACUCUGCUUUUCACGUAAUUCAUCCUGGAUAUAUAACGUACAGAAACCAAUGGUGCAGAUCAAGUUUAUGACUGACAAUUUGACCUAUAUCCCCAUUCAGCUCCUUAAAGCUUCAAAAAACCAAAUUAAACGUAUUUUAAAAAAAAUGAAGGAAGCUACUUAAUUCUGGGCCAGCCUAGGGGCUUGUACUUCUUCUACUGGAACGAUGUUUUAUACAUUGAAACAUGAUCUUUCUUCUUUUACCUUUUUUUGGCCAAAUCUCGUGGUGUUUCACAAACAAAAAAAAAUAAGAAAACUUAAAAAACGAUCGUUCUUUUUUAAAUACAGAUACGAGGAAAAAAAAAUCACAAUAUUUUUUUUAAACUACUGUUUUUGUGUCUAGCUUGCUGAGUGUAAAAAUUGCCAAUGGACAACUUUGCCCCAUUGCUCCAAAGAAAUUCUGGAAAAUGUGGUAAUACUGAAUAGCCUUUCUCAGGCUAAGAUCAUCAAGAGGGUGUAGUAUAUAAGCCUCUGCAGAGUCCUUUUGUUAUUGGUGAGGUUUUGUUUUUUCGUUAAGAAAAUGUGAUGUAUUUUAAGAAGGUUAAUAUGGGAGCGAUAUGAACAAUAACUAAAUGUCUUGAUAUUUAAAAGAGUAAUUUAUUUGCAGUUUAGCCGAGUUAGGGAAGGAGAGUAGAGAUGAUGCAUUUCCUCAGCUCCAUGAUGUCAUCACUCGGAGAAAUCCAGUGGGAUGAGGUAACUAUUCCUCUGAUUGCGGACGGAGGACUGAAGGAGCACUGUGGAACUCUACCGGAAAAAUACUCAAUUGGCUCAGAGCCCUUUAUUUUAUUUGGACACUUUUAUCCAUUCCAUUAAAAAACAAAAGACUGCUUUCAGACUUCGACCGAAGUCGCAAUGUAAAUACACAUCCAUUCGAGAAUUGUAAAGCACAUUCAAACGCUCUGGAAAAAAAAAAAAAAAAGAAUCUCCUUCUCCUCCCUUUGUUCGGUCCCGUGUGUUUCCAAGAUUAGUGUGAAAAGUCUCAGCCAAGGGCUUUCGGAAAUAAGGUGACGACGCCAUCAGAGUCAAAGGUUGUCCACUUUAAAGAAAAUAAAUAAUCUGAAUGAGACUGA